AUGAAACAGGAACCUUCGGAGGAUUCAAGACCGGUUCCAGCAAAUAAUCCGACUUCUGCACAAAACCAACAGGAAUUGUCAGCAAAUUCUUUACCAAACGAUGGUAACGAAGCUGAUCCGAUUCCUGUACAAAGCCAACAGAAAUCAUCAGCAAAUUCUUUAUUAUCAAACGAAAUAAGCGCGGAUCAAUGGAAAUCAUCGCCAUAUAUUUUAUCAGAUGACGAUGAAGAUUUAAGUUCGUCUGUUUCUGUUGUGACAUUACUUAAUAAUAACAAUAAUGGUGGACAAGUUUGUCUUCCUGUACAAGAAUUAUUUCGAAAGUCACCUGAGAAAAGAAUACGAUGGGAAAUCGAUGACAUCGAUAUCGGUGUUGAUUUACAGCCAAAGCUACCAACACAAUUCCAAAGCAUGUCCAAUGAGUUUGUAAUAUCUUAUUGGCUAGCUCACCACACAAGUGUUCUGGAGCUGGCAAUAAAUAUUCGAAAUGGGCUGAUGAAUAGGAUUGGGACUGAUGGGACGACUUUGACAUUAACCACAUUACAACAUGGUAAUGUGUUACCACGACAAUCACUUCCGGGAAUUUCUCAGCAUACCAAAAAUCAAUUACAAGAAGAAUGCAAGGCUCUAUUUCUUCAAACAAGAAAUAAUUCAACUGACUUAUACGAAGAGUUAAUUAUACGCAUGUGUAAUAUCUCUAAAACUGAUGAUAGAUUAGGUUCACUGGUUAAAGAUGUAAGUAGUUGGUACAACAUGUACCGUUUCAGAUUGCAUGUUACCAUUGUGAAGCUCACGACUGGAUUCUUAUCAACACAUAAAAGUGCAAGAGAACCGUAUAACGAAAUAGAUGCAUAUAUCACCGAUGAAGUUUGGAAACAGAUGCUUCUGAUGUACUUAAAGGAAACUGAUCAACUGAAGCUGAGGAAGGAUCAAUUAAUUGUUACCAAACUUGGCAUCUUCGUACGAAUGGUCACUAAAAAGGUCUUAAUAGCCAUGAUAACGGGAAAGGAUACACAACAGGUUAUUAAAACAUGUGAUGAAAUCACAAUUGACUUAAAAAUCCCUACAAAACCUGGUGUAGUAAAGGAAUCAUCAGUACGCGAACUCUUGGGUUGA